UUCUGACUGCUUAAGUCAAAAUCCGACUUACUUUGACUAUCUAUUAGGUUAAAAAGAUUAAGAUAAUUUUAAGCAUAUUUUGUUCAUUCACAAUGGCGACGCAACUUACACCACAAACACAGAAUGGCCACGUCCGACUCUCUUCGGAUAAGUCGAAACUUAUCUCCCCCGAAGCCCUCUGCCACAUAGUGCUGCGGACCACGGCAGAUAACUUUGACGGCAUGGUAGACUUCUACCUCACAAUGCUGGGGGGCAGGGUCUCGCAUCAGUCGCACCGGCUGUGCUUUAUGACGUACGACUACGAGCACCACCGGAUCGCCAUCAUGAAGGACCCGACGGCGGUCCCUCGUAGCACCAAGGAAGGCGGCGCGCCGCAAGUCGGCCUGCACCACGUGGCGUUCGGGUUCAAGACACUGCAAGACCUCGCCACGUCCUACGAGGAGAAGAAGGCGGCGGGCAUCAUGCCUGUCUGGUCCGUCAACCACGGCGUGAGCACCAGCAUGUACUACGAGGACCCGGACGGCAACCAGCUCGAGUUCCAGGUGGACAAUUUCGGCUCGGCGCUCGAGGGCGUCGAGUCCAUGGCUUCGCCCGAGUUCGUGGAGAACCCCAUCGGAGUCGAUUUCGAUCCCGAGGUGUUCGUUCAGAGGGUCAAGAACGGAGAGGAUGAGAAGAGCAUCAAGGCUAGGCCGAAUAUUGGCCUGAGAGAUAGGAGGUAGGGAGGUAGCGUCUGCUUAGGGUACAAUGUAAUAAACAAUCAAAC